CCUUCCAACUUGUAAUUUGCCUUAACUCAUGGAUGAUAAUUGAUAAGUUAAAGCCUAAACCUGAGUCUUGUUUAACAGAAUUCGAGACAGAUUCAUCAGAUUCAGAUCCCUCUGAAUCAAGUAACUUUGAUGCUUCAUCUGAUUCACCCGAUCCAGCCAAGAAAGAGCCACUCCAACCAGAGAAUCAAUCUAAAACAGAAAUAUAG